AGCAGGAGGAGGAUUAUAGAAAAAAAACGGUUCAGCCUCAUCUUUGACAGUCAGUCUGGUCCUUCUGGGGUUUUGCAAAACGCCCAAGCUCCUAUACCGCAAUAACUCCAACUGUAUUUGUCUCGACAUUUGUGACUGUAGCGAAGAUGGUCCCGAAGGUGAAGAAAUCCCGUGGACAGACCAUGCGCGAGUGGAGAGAGUUCUUAUGGAACCCAAGGACCCGGGAGUUUCUGGGCAGGACAAGCUCCAGCUGGGCACUGAUUCUGAUGUUUUAUGUGGCCUUUUACACUUUCCUAACUGGCCUCUUCAGCCUGACCAUGUGGGUGAUGCUCCAGACUGUUAAUGAAUACACACCAAAGUACCAAGAUCGGAUCACAAACCCAGGUCUGAUGAUCCGCCCAAGGACCGACAGCCUACUUGUUACAUUCAACGUAACAGAGGAAAGCACGUGGCAGACACAUGUCCAAGCCCUCGACGCGUACCUGGACUCCUAUAAUGACAGCGUCCAGGUUACAAACAAUGUCCAGUGCAAGCCAGGGACGUAUUACCUGCAAGAGGACAGCGGGGACGUUCGGAAUACCCCAAAGCGGUCCUGCCAAUUCAACCGGACCAUGCUGGGCAAGUGCUCGGGGCUAGAGGACAAGACGUAUGGAUACAGUGAAGGGAAACCCUGCAUCCUCGUCAAGAUGAACAAGAUUAUCGGGUUCCUACCUGGAGAAGGGAAGACCCCGUACGUGUCCUGUGAAGGAAAGGUGAACUAUACGCAGCCCUUGGUAGCCGUGAAGUUUGUGAACGUAACAAACAACAUGGACCUCAACAUUGAGUGCAAAGUCUACAGCUCGAACGUGAAGAACGACGAUGAGCGAGACAAAUUUGCCGGCCGGGUGGUCUUCACACUCAACAUAGGCUCAGGUGGAUCGGGAUCCUCUUAAACCUUUUUGCACUGGACAUGUACUUACUGGGCAGGUGGGAGUACAGUGGGGUGGGGGGGGGGUUAGGGUUUGGGGUUGGGGAGAUGAAACCUAGCAAAAGGUAGGCAGAAGAGAACAGCACAUUCUACAGCACAGCGGGAUUUGAACUCCAUCUCAUAGGCUAUACUUCCGAGAGUCCAGCUUUAAACAGACACUGAAGGAAACUGACGCAGCACCAAGAAGAUCAUGUCCCAUGUAAAGAGUUCAAGACUACCCCCCCCCCGACCCAUCCAUGGGAAAGCUGAAUCAACACCAUUGCAAUUUUCUGACCCUUAAGAGUGCUGGCCCCUCUUGCACCCUAAUCCAGAGGCUUGUUUUUAUCAUGUAAAUAAAAUGUGCAAAGUUUCACAUUCUUCAUGCCUCUCCAGCCUUGCUGGGGUGCCCCAGUCUUUGUAAAUUUGGCUGUGCAACCUCAGAGUCAACAUUAAUACUUUGGGUCCUUCAUAAAUGGGAUUCAGCAUUCAUGGGAAUUGCAAUACCCCACCUCUGCCCACCUAUCACCUCCGUUCUUCCCUCUCACCAUCUUUUCUAUGAGGAUUUGCUCCAUUUUUGCUGUAAGAUGUGUGCAUGCGUGCGCAUGUGGUAAACCGGGACUGAGGCCCUCACAUGAACUCAGUCCCAGUGAACAAGUUUGGAAUGAAGUACAAUCUGAAUUUGAGGACUCUGUUUUAUUAACUGUGGCUGGUUUUCAACCCAGUGUCUGAUCACUUCCUGAAGCCCUGGCUUGAUCACAGUGAGCCCAAGGGUCUAGUCUGUCUCUCACUUUCGCUGUUGUUAAAUACACCUCUUGCAUUUAUUCACCUCCAUUCAUUCCAAUCCUCAUUCACAACCGGACAAAUUAGGUUGCCCAACAAUCAUGAAUUGUAAAACGCAAGACUCCAAUGACUCAAUUCACCAAAGAUCCUCAGAUAGUAACUUCCAAACCCAUGAUCACUUCCACCUAGAAGGACAACAGCAGACAUAUGGGGACACCACCACCUUCAAGUUCCCCUCCAAGCCACUCAUCAGCCUGACUUGGGAAUAUAUCACUGCUCCUUCACUGUGGCUGGGUCAAAAUCUGGAAUUCCCUCUCUAAGGGACAUGGGGGGGUCAUCUUGCAGCACACGGACUGCAGUGGUUCAAGAAGGAAGCUCACUACCACCUUCUCAAGGGGGCAACUAGGGACGGGGUAAUAAAUGCUGGGCCCAGCCAGUGAUGUCCACAGCCCAUAAAUGAAUAAAUUUUUAAAAAAUUUACUUCACAAGAUGGCAUUUUUCCCAGCGGGUAGUCAAGAGAAAAGUAUUUUGUCAGUCUCCAAACUAUUAGUUAGGAAAAUAAUACAUGGGGAUGUGUAGGUGGAGGUGGGGAGGGUGUGUGUGUGGUGGUCAUGGGAUUCCAUUGUUUGAAUUAUCCCACAAUGUGGAUCAUCAGGGAAGAUCUCAAACCACCAAGGACUCUGCUAGGAACGUAGAUAUUGGGAGGCCAGCAUGUGCCUCUAAUGUCCCACCACUGCUCCUACAUCAAAUGGUCUUUCUUCAGCACCAAUGUUUGGUAAAAAUGUACAUAUAUUAUAUAUAGAUGUGUGUAUGUAUGCUUUAUAUAAUAUAAUUCGUUCGGUUUCAGAUUGUAUGUCCAUAGACUUUAAAAAUGAAUGCAUCCCAAAAUGAUGAGUCAUUUCCCACCAUGGAUUUGUAAGAUAUUCUCUCUGACAUCAGUGAACGCAGGUUUGAGAGACCUUUUAGCCCUGAAUUCCAAACUAACUUGUUGUUUCUUCAAAAGCUAAAGGUAGGCCCAUGGUUGGGGACACCAUUUGUAGGAAUCUAGGAACAGGAGGAGGUCAUUCAGGACCUUGGAACUCUCCCAUCAUGCAGUUGGAUGUCAACUUUUCUCCAUCAUGGUCCCUGAGUUUGUGAUGACCUUUUUCCCAACAAGGCUACAUGUGAAGACUUAAUUGGCUCUAACGUAACAUCAACCCCAGCCCUUGUCCUGACUUAGCCCUCCUCUAACCCCACUCUUGAGAGGAAAUAGUUUAUCUUUCUUUGCUAAUGUUCUAUCACCAGAGAGACUUAGGUGGGGGGGGGAGGUGCAUUGUUAGCGUUCUGGUUGUGUGGGGGUGGUUGCAUGGAGAACACAUGCCCCCUAUCUGAUAUUCACGACCAGCAUCGAGGAUGUGAGGAGAAGACAUUCAGAGAUUAUUGAUGAAGAGAGUUUGGUUUGGGGGUUGGCGAAGAGCUGAUGAAGAUGAUGUUCCCACGAAGAGACACACGAUGAAGAGAUGCCUCCCUGAUCCUCCCCAAUUUCACCUUCCCACCUUUCCCAACCACUUCCUGUGCCUACAUCUCCCAUCCUCACAGUCUCAUGUCCCAAACUCCAGUACAGCUCAAUACUAGCUCAGGUAUUGAAGGCCAGCUCACCCUGUGUCCCUCUGCCUUUUUGGGACAGUUCUUGGGUAAUUUCACUGUCUGCUCUUGUGCUGGUACAGGAAGUGGCCAUUCAGCCCAUCGAAUCAUAGAAUCCCUACAGUGUGGAAGCAGACAAUUCGGCCCACCAAAUCCACACUGAACGUCCAAAGAGCAGCCCAACCCUCUCCCUGUAACCCUGCACUUCCCAUGGCUAACCGAUCUCGUCUGCACAUCCCUGCACACUACAGAACAAUUUAGCACUGCCAAUCCACCCUAACGUGCACAUCUUUGGACUGUGGGAGGAAACCAGAGCACCCAGAGGAAGCCCGUGCAGACACGGGGAGAAUAUGCAAACUCCAGACAAUCACCUGAGGGUGGAAUCGAACCCAGGUCCCUGGCACUGUGCGGGAGCAGUGCUAAACACAGCAGCACCACAGAAACGACAAGUGCAUUCUUGGGAAAUUACAAGUCUGAUCGAACUGAGACAGCUCAUUCUGGAAAUCGGCCCCAACAUAAUUUCAGCCCCUUCCCCGUUGCGAAGGUCGCAAAACUCCUACUCCUGAGGCUCACUGAGCAGAUCGUUUCCUUUAGGAAGCCUUCAGUACUCUUCAGUGAACUGAGCUUUGGCACCCCCCCGCCCCACAUGCCUGGCCAUUGCCUCCAAAAACCAAUCAGAACCAUUGAUAAUUUUCUGUAUAUGUUGACCCAAUUCUCAUUUAUCUGCCCCUUAGAUAAGCUGUUGUACCUUUCUGAACCAAACAGAAACUUGCAUGUGUGAAUUCCAGCAUUGUCACUGGGGGGUGUCUCAGAAAAACUGAUGCUUGCAUCCAUGUGCUUCAACCCUGUGCGAUCUACUGCUUCCUAAACUCUAAAUGGUUGCCUAAGGUAAUCCAGUGGCAGAGCCAUACUGUACCCUGUUCAACGCCAAUAGACCUAUCCUCAUCGAUACUGUACCCUGUGUAACACCAAUAGACCAGUCCUCAUCGAUACUGUACCCUGUGUAACACUGACAGACCUGUCCCCAUCGAUACUGUACCCUGUUCAACACCAAUAGACCUGUCCCCAUCGAUACUGUACCCCGUGUAACACCAAUAGAACAGUCCCCAUCGAUACUGUACACUGUGUAACACUGACAGACCUGUCCUCAUCGAUACUGUACCCUGUGUAACACUGACAGACCUGACCCAACAAAUAUUGUAAUACAAUGUGUAAAACUGAGUAGCCUGUCCCUACCGUAUUUCAUCCCAAGUAGCACUGACAGAGCUGUAUCCACCAAUACUGUACCCACUGAUACUGUAGGCUGUGUAAGGCUGACAUCUGUCAACCAUAUUGAGGAACCUGUCUGCAUUGAUACUAUAUUCUAUGUAACUCUGACAGACCUGUCCCCACCGGUACUGCACCCUGGUGUUAUACAGCGACAGACUUUUCCCCAUAAGUACUGUACCCCAGUGCUAUAUGCUGACAAACCUGUCCUCACCAGUACUGUACCCCCAGUUUUAUACAGUGACAGACCCAUCCCCACCGGCACUGCACCCCAGUGUUAUACAGUGACAGACCUGACCCCACACGUACUAUACCCCAGUGUUAUACAGUGACUGACCCGUCCCCACCGGUACUGUACCCCAGUGUUAUACAGUGACAGACCCGUCCCCACCAGUACUGUAUCCCAGUGUUACACAGUGACAGACCUGUCCCCACAUGUACUAUACCCUGGUGUUAUACAGAGACAGACCCGUCCCCCACCAGUACCGUGCCCCAGUGUUAUACAGUGACAGGUUCUGUGGACAUGGCCAUUUCCCUGAUAUUGUCCAGUUCCACUCACAACAUUGGAAUCAUUCACCAAAGUGCCAUUCAUAACUCCUCCAGCCUCUGACAGCUGCCCAGCUUCACACAGAGCAGAAUUCCCAAUGACAAUGCUGGCUUUAUCAUCACUCACGUCAGGAUGCGUUAGACCUGGACACGGUCGAGAACUCUGAGUUUUGGA